AUGCUAGAAAACACAAAAAAUUCCGUUUCUUCCCUCAAAUCUUCAUUUGAUUUAAAAAGACUUCCGAAUGAAUUAUUGCUAGAAAUCGUCAAAUUUCUGCCGCCAAGAGAGAUUUUCGAGAAGAUUUUAUUACUUUCGAAGGCUUUUAACAAAUUGAUCAUCGAAAAUCAUAAACAUUUACGCGAUUCGUUUCCAAAAAUCCCGAUUUGUUAUCUAAAAAAAUUGCCCAAUAAAACCGUGUCGAUAUUCUAUAUCGAAAAAAAUGAAGUUCAAGUGAUCGAUUUUGAGGAAAGAAACAAAUGGAAAUGGUUAUUCUAUGCAAAUAUUCAAAUUCUUUUGAUACAAAUGAAUAAUGCAAAGAUAAUUCAACCAUUGAUCGAGUUUUUCUCAACAAUUUCUGUGGAAACAGUACUAAUCAGCAGCACAUAUACCGAUUCAGCAGUUAGAUUAUACACGGAAAUCUCCUGGGUGUACACCUUUCUUCCAUCCCUUAAAAAUCAUGGUCUAAUCUAUUUCUCACGUGUCUCCGACUACACAUCGAUCUUCUCCCUUCCCACGAAAAUCCCCUUCGAUCCAACGUCGUUACCAACAGAAUUUUAUGAACCGAUUCACUUAUUAGACCCAAUUGAUGCAAUAACAUUACGAAAACUUCUUGUGUCUUAUGAAAACGAUGAGAUAAUCAAUAUUUCCAAAGUUUCUAUGCGAAUUGAAAAGAUGGUUUUGGAAGAAAUUUGUGACAUCAUUUCUAAUGGUUUAAAAUGGAAAUUCGAGCGAAUCCGUGAUCAUUAUCAUCUUUUAUGGAUUGAUGAGAGUUGGGAAAAUCGAUACGAUUAUGAGGAAGAGAUUGGGGAAAUGAAUUUGAAAGUAUUGAAUGGAGAAGAGGAAGAGUCCGAUUCCCUCGUCCGUUUAACAAUCUCUCGCUCAAGUGAUGGAGUGAAUUCGACGAAUUUUCAACUUAUCAAAACAAUCUCAAGUUUUUCUUCCGUGUUCUCCGUCAUG